AUGAGCGGACUGACGGGGGUGUGGGAUCAACUGGUGGAUGCUGUCUGUCGACCACCCCGUGAUGACUCCUACACCGACGAGGACCUUGUGGGUGGGCAGCGGGCCUCCUUUCGCCUCGGCAAGGCCCGGUACUAUCGCCAGGACCUGGAGCUGCACAACGAGCGCGGCGAGCGCCUGCUGUGCAGCCACUUCCGGCCCUGCAUCGUCGCUAGCAAGGACGGGCGCCUGCCGGUCGUGGUGUACUGCCACUGCAACUCGGGCAGCCGGCGCGACGCCGAGGAGAUCAUCUACCACUUCCUGCCCCGCCACGUCACCGUCUUCAGCCUGGACUUUUCGGGCUCCGGCCGCUCCCAGGGCGAGUGGGUGACCCUGGGCGCGCGGGAGGUGGACGACGUGGCGACGGCGGUGCGCUAUCUGCGCGACGAAGGCUCGGCCCUGACCAUCGGCCUGUGGGGCCGCAGCAUGGGCAGCGUGGCCUCCAUGCUCUACGCGCGCGCCGACCCCUCCAUCGCCGGCCUGGUGCUGGACUCGCCCUUUGCCAGGCUGCGCGACCUCAUGCUGGAGCUGGGCUCCAGCGACGACAGCCUGCGCAUGCCGCGCGCCAUCGCCAAGGUCGCGCUGGCGGUGCUCAAGCGCUCCGUGCGCCGGCGGGCGGGGUUCAGCAUCGACGACGUGGCGCCGGUGGAGGCGGUGCCCGCGGUCCAGUGCCCCGCGCUGUUUGGGCACGGCGCGGAGGACACCUUUGUCUCGGCGGAGCACAGCCGGCGGCUGGUGCGCGCCUACGGCGGCGAGGCGCGCCUCCGCCUCUUCGACGGCGACCACAACUCGGUGCGGCCUGACGACUUCUACGAGGAGGCGGUUGGCUUCAUGCUGAGCGCGCUGCGUGUGGAAGAGCUGCUGGGCUUUGAUCUGGCCGCGGACGAGGAGGACGACGCGCUGGCGGCCGCGCUGGCGCUGUCCAUGCAGGAGCACCGGGCGGGGAGGGACGCGGGCGCGCUGCCACUCAGCGAGGAGGCCGAGCUGGCGCUGGCGGUGGAGCUGUCGCUGCAGACCUCGCUGCUGGAGGAGGCCGCCGUGCGGGCGGUGGUGGGGUCCGGCGAGGGCGCGGCGGGCAGCCCGCCGCCACCCCCCAAGCAGGAGCAUGUGGAGGACGGCCCUGGCUCAGCGGGGCCCCAGCAGGCUUCAUGA